GCUUGGAGAGCAACAACAAACUUCAUAUCAUCUGAUUCUUCAUACCUCAAUACGGACCGGGGCCUUACAAUACAAAGUUCUUCGUCAUCACUUUGAGUUUUUGACGAGCAUGACUGGGAGAUGAUCAGUGUAACAGUUUCAUUAAUUCAAACUCCACACUUCACAUAACCAACCACUACCUACACGGAGAAUCAGCCUGGGUGGGUAUUCAGAGCACAGCUGAUCAUGGACACUAUUGCGGCCGUUCUGGCUGCCUUCGCGCCAACUCAGGCCGCUGCUCAUUCCGUCAAGAAGUAUGAUGCUGCUAUUCGGGACCAUGUCGCAGCUGUGACCUCGCUGUUUGCGAACCAACGGGAAGUCAUCAGUGCCAAUGCUAGCCAAAUCCUACGAAAUAUUGACCCCUCGACCGACUCUAUCACAUUUCAAGCCAUCCUGCUUCUCUCACUACAAACAUCGAACCCGGCACAUGGUAGCGAACGAAGCACACUCUUAGACGAGACCCUCCGAUUCCUUCUCAACUUCAACCCUCUCCAGAUACGAUAUGUGGGCUCUGAUUUCAGAAAGCUUCUCGAAUACAUCGCAUCAGGCACGCUAUUUACGGUACGCGCCACCCCUCCAUGGCAUCGCCAGGCGCUAACUAUCCUGCAACUAGACAAGGGUUACUGUAGAGGCUUUGGCUGCCGCUAUACUGCGACUCGAUCCCACAGGAAGCAUGUUCACAUCUACCCAUCUUACACUCGUCAAGAUCGCCUAUUCGACAUCUUGGAUUGAGCCCGCUCUCAAGGUUCUCGAUUGCGAUCUUACGUUCUACCCCGGUAUGGCAGGCCAGAAGGACGCCAAACUCUUGUGUGAUAGUAGUCUGCAUCCCGCCUCCUUCAUUUCAGUUGACACAGGUCUUACUGGGGAUGUGAAGAGCUCUGCCGUCUUGGAGUAUAAUCACCUUACAGCUCAAUGCUACAUGUCACGACGAGACUGGACCAAAGCCUACCGAGCUCUUGAGCGCGUCAUUACACACCCAGCAAAAGACAAAGGCGUCAGUAAGGUCAUGGAUGAAGCGUACAAGCGAUGGUUACUGGUCGGGCUGCUCAAGGAUGGAAAGGAACCAAGUAUUCCAUCAUACACUUCCACGGUAGCCAAGAAUACCUUCAGCACACUAAGUACGCCAUACAAGAAUAUCACCACUUGGUUCACAACAACGGAUGCUGCGCAGCUCAAAGCGGAAAUUGAGGCCAACCGACAGGUCUGGGAGGAAGACGGCACCUCAUCGUUGGUGGCCGAGGUAGUGGCGGCGUACCCAAAAUGGCAAAUCAUCAACCUCCGCGACAUAUAUGUACGGGUGUCCAUUUCUCAAGUGCGUCUCUCGACACUCAGUGCCGAGACAGGCGAAAUCCUCACAGAUGACGAUGCCACCACACGCUUAGUUCAAGAUAUGAUUGAUUCCGGUCUCCUAAAAGGCGAGCUGCAGCCGGGCGGCAGUGACGGGGAACUCUAUCUGCACUUCCACGACGACAAUGAGGAGAUGACAGAGGCGAACUUUGCCCAACAGAUUGCCCAGCGUUAUCAUAACAUCGAAAGCCUUGGAAGCCAGUACAAGGUAGCCAACGAACGGCUUGGUAACCGUAAGGAGUACGUGAAGCACGCUGUCAGGGAGCAGAAGCGGGCAGACAAGGACCCUACAGAUCCUGGGCUGGGCUUCGAUUCUCUAAUAGAAGAUGAGGACCUUAUGACAGGCAUCACACCAACUGCCUAAGUCGACCGCUCAGAAACAGGCAUGUUCACACGGCCAUAACCUAUGGUGAGCAGUAUGGGCUUAUUACUCUAAAAAACAGACAUACAUAUUUCAUUUUCCCACAGACACGACAUAUUCGUUGAUAGUUGGCAACAAUGCUGCUCGCAAGGGUUGCGUUAGAUGAAGACGCGGCGUAUUACUCUGUAUUUCACUAGAUAAUCAAUCAAAUGAUGACUGGCUGUGGUUGAACACCAGUUGAUGACGGUCUCCUGACCCCCGAUUCCGUCUUCUGCCCGUUAUUAUCUCUUCCUUCUGUCGUUCGAAUUUCUCAGCUCUGAAGGACAUGUGUUGAACUCAAUUUACCAUUUGUCACUAUUAUUCAUGCUUCGGUCUCUCUGCGUCUCCUGAACCCAUCAUCGAGUGUAUGACAAGCGGGCAAUUAUGUCUU